GCCUGUCGCCUGUCGCCUGUCGCCUGUCGCCUGUCGCCUGUCGCCUGUCGCCUGUCACUCACUCACACUGCUACGUCCGUCGUCCGUCGUGCCGUCCCAUCUUCUCCAUCCUGCUCCAGAAAUGCCCCUCCUCGGCUCGAGUCGUCCUCGCCGUCGAGUCUUCUGAGCCUCACCUUUCUGUCUCAUCUGCAGCGGUACCCAACGGCAACCACCAACGAUUGAUUGAUUGCCCCCCCUGUUGCAUCAUAUCUUAGCUCGAACCACCCGGCAAACGAGCCCCUGACCAUCGACCAUCGACCAUCGACCAUCGCCCACCAUCGACCACCGAAAUCCGCCUUGCGGCUCCACGAUCAGAUGCCCUCGCCCAGCCUCUCCUCGACUUUUGCUCCCACCCUCCUCCCAUCCCAUACGCCUGCCACCGACGACUCCCGACCGGCCAAUUGCGCCCGCGCCUAACACCCAACACUUGAGCACUCUGGCGGCCAACGACUCCCGGCGGAUUCGCGUUCGGGUCGGGGUCUCUAGCGGUGGGAGAUGCAGCCGGCACGCAGAGUAGCCGACGAGAAGAAGGCAAAGCUCAACCGCUCCUACCAGGAGCUGCUCGAUGAGUUCUCGAACAGGGACCUCAAGACCGUCGGCAACUACCAGCUCGGCCGCCUCAUCGGCAAGGGCUCCUUCGGCAAGGUCUACCUGGCCUCGCACAAGCUCACAAAUGGAUCAAAGGUCGUGCUCAAGUCCGCAAAGAAGGAUGACUCCAACCUCGCCAGGGAGAUCCACCACCACCGCCAGUUCGUCCACCCGCACAUCGCGAGGCUGUACGAGGUGGUGGUGACCGAGAACCUGGUAUGGAUGGUCAUGGAAUAUUGCUCAGGCGAGGAACUCUACGACUACCUCCUCCGACACGGCAAGCUGCCCGUCGACAAGGUCCAGAAGAGCUUCACCCAGCUCGUCGGCGCCGUCGCCUACGUCCACCAGCAGAACUGCGUCCACCGCGACCUCAAGCUCGAGAACAUCCUGCUCGACAAGAACGAGAACGUCAAGCUGCUCGACUUUGGUUUUGCGCGCGAGUACGAGGGCAAGACAAACUACCUGCAGACCUUCUGCGGCACGAUAUGCUACUCCGCCCCCGAGAUGCUCAAGGGGGAGAAGUACGCCGGCGAAAAGGUUGAUGUCUGGAGCCUGGGUAUCAUACUAUACGCCCUCUUGUGCGGCGAGCUGCCCUUUGACGACGACGACGACGACACCACGCGGCGCAAGAUCCUCGGCGAGGAGCCCAGCUAUCCCGACCAUAUACCGCCAGACGCCCUGUCCCUCCUGAAACAGCUGCUAUCAAAACGUCCCUUCCCCCGGCCCGCCCUGUCCGACAUCCUCAACCACCCAUUCCUUUCCGAGCACGCCCCGGAGCAGCGCGCCAUCCUCACCAAGGAGCGGCUGGAACCAUUCAGCUCGGCGUUGGAACGAGACUGUCUGCACCGCAUGAAGAGCGCUGGCGUGAACAUUGACCAUGUGAUAGAAUCCGUCCUGGCCCAGAAAUGUGAUACCCUCGCCGGCUGGUGGACGCUCCUGCUGGAGAAGGAGGAGCGGAAGCAGAAGAGGAGAGAGAGGAAGCGCAAGGAGAAGGAGACGGACCGCAGGGGCUCACGCCGCUUCUCCCAGGCCUCCAGCCGCCUCGAACGACUAGCACCCGUCGGCGAGGAGGGAUCAUUCGUUAAGCUCGGCGACCCACCUGCGCCCAGGCCACGGGGCCGCUCCGAGAGGAGAAGCGGGUACUACCCGGAGUUCCAGAUCACGGACCUCCCAGGGCUCCCUGAGGCGGGCAAGUCAAACCUCACGCUCAGCCCAGAUACCGACAACCCGCCGCCCCCGAUAGACAAGGAUUCGAUCCGCUCCGUCAGCACGUCACGCAACCGGAGGCCCAUACCGCCGCCUAAGGAGGGCGUGCCCGGCGUGCUCCGCAGUGCGCGGUCCAGAGGGUCGACGCUGCACCUCGUCACGACGAGCGAAGCCCUGGUGGGCAGGGGCGGCAGCAGCAGGGGGUUGGAUUCCGACACGACCCCACAGCAGAAGGUGCGCAAACGGCCAUCCCAGGGGAUCAUGGCCCACUGGAAGAACCUCACCAACUGGCUCGUCGAGAGCACACGGCGGCACAAGAACAACAACAGGAGCCAGAGCCAUUCGACCCCUGACCUGCGUGCUAAGAGCCGAGCCGGGAAGGAGGGCAGGUUGUCCAAGGAGAACAGCCCCAGGCCCCACACCGGAAAGAACCUCCCGACACACACACCACAGGCGGCCGUGUCCCAGCUGCCCCAGAAUCUUGUCGUGAACGGGUUCGCAAGGAAACCUGUGGGGUCAUCGGGGCAGCCGACGGCCAGCGCACUCAGCAGCCCAUCUACCCCGGGCGGCUUCUCCACAUCCGGCGGCCCGUCUGUCCAUCGUCGCGUGCCGACCGGGCACUCGUACAAGAGACAGUCUCUCUCGCCGUCCCCCAUCACACCACGAUCUGCCGUCCGCCGCUCCUCGGCAGGCCUCCGUGGUCGCAAGUCCACAUCCUCAUCCGUGUCCUCUGUGCGGUCCAUGCACCACGCCCAGCACCACCAUUCCCACUCCAAGGCUUCAUCCACGUCGUCUACCAACUCUGUUUCCACCAACAUGUCCAAGACCCCCAUGCAGACAGGCCGCAGUCCUCACCACUCCGUAAAGGUCCUCCCCGCCACGCCCACCAGCACGACCCACUUCCCCAGCAAUAUCCGACUCGUCCGAGGCGCAGGGCCACCCCUUGCCCUGUACAACGAGGCAGCCCCAGCCAGCGGCGGCGGCAGCCGCAGCGGUGGCAGGUUAGCAGCGAGCCCCAUGAUCCCACCGGCGCCGGGCUCGCCCAACCCGUUCGGUUCCUUCGGCGAGCGCAGCAUGCCCUUCUUCGCCAAGCGCAAGCGCAACGUGUUCAAGGGCCCAUCCCUGGCGUUCGGCGGGGGCGGCAGCAGCAACCGGAGCGCCAGCGGGAGCAACCACGGCAGCACGCCGUCGCACAGCCGCAGCGCGAGCAGCGACCGCAUGGGCGGGGGCCGGCGCAGCGGCGAGAUCGCCGCCGUGCAGGAGGAGGACGAGGACGAGGAGGUGCUCGAGAUGGCGGACGAGAUGCUCGAGGAGGACGAGGACGAGGACGACCGCGACACGGUUAAGUUCCGGAGCCUGGCGGAGGAGGACGAGGACGAGGUCGAGGAGGUCGAGAGCUUCACGCCCGUGGUGCGGGGGCCCGGGGAGGAGGUCGAGGAGCGCAUCUUCGAGCCGGGCGAGCUGGAGGGAAAGGCCCAGAACGGCGCUGCCAAGGAGCAUGACGAGGAGGUGGCUGCUGUGGGCGGCCACGGCGGCGCCGCGCUCACUGCUGCUGCUGGUGCUGGCACGACGACUACUGUGAGCUGAGGUCAUGCAUGACAGGGGGCUUUGUGCACGACUGUGAGCUAGGCGGCUGUUACUUGAAGCCUGGUGUUCGAGUAUGCGGCAAGACGGAACGCAUUCACGAACGACGCCGUCACCUCACCCACCCACCACCACAGCAGCAGCCAACGUCUUGGCCUGCGAUUACUCACGACAACCAUCAUCACCACCAGCAUCAUGACCACCGCAAUAUGGACAGCAGCAGCAACACAUUACUUUAAUUACCACAACAAGCUUCAGACAUUUUUACACCGGCGCUAUGGGGGGAUCCUACCACAUACCAACGGCUUUUUUGGUGGGCCGCAAGAUACCACAUUUUCUCUUCCUUUCCAUGUCCAAUUCUAUCAUCUCUAUCUGUCUUGGAGCUUCUGCUUUUUCUUCUUCUUCUUCCCUACCGAUGUCUUAAGAAAGCUUACUCGACCUAAAUUCCAAUUCUUCCGUCCAUCUAUCUAUCGACGAACAAACGAACCCCAUUCCGGAACGGGACGCCUUGCGACGGAUAGAUAUCACCUGCUGCUUGUUCUAUGCUGGACUUUGGACUUGGUCGCAUACCCAUUCACCCAUCUACUCGCCUACUUACGUACCUCAUUCCAUCUGUCCGCAUGCACACCUUUCCUCCACAGUCCGAUCACCUCACAGCAGCGGGUGGAUAACCUUGGAGGAGGCGUUACUUGACCAUCUGAGGCACCAACCCACCCAGCCACCCACCCAUCUACCCGCUGAUAUCCCGACUUCCCUCCCUGUCUUGAAAGGAACCACCACUACCUACUACUGUACCAAAACGCCGCCUGUCCGUCCGUUUGUCUCUAUGUAUCACCCCAUUUCUUGAUUCUACCUCUGUAUUUUUUCUAUCUUUUCUAUCUCGUGUACUUUAGCCUUAAACCAAACCCACCCGCCCUCCUGGUGGGAUCUUCUUCCACCACCCCGGGCAAAUUUUUUUCAUUACCACCUCCUCAGUGAUACCUCUGAAUAAACAAUUACUUGGCCCUUUCUUGGGAUUCUCUUAUUGUGUCUCCCCCCCCCUUGCUUUGAACGUCUCACCGGUCGUGGCCUGGCCCGGUUUGGAUAGAUGCUGUUUGUGCGGGGAGGUUGGUUUGUGUCUGUCUGUCUCUGAGGAGAUGGGCUGUGUGUGUGUGUGUGUGUGUGUGUCCCUCCCUAUGCUAUGGGUGCCAUGUGUGACUUGUUGACUUGUCCCCCUCUGGGGGUAUUUGCUUGGUUGGUGAUCACGUCGCCGGCUGGGCCCUGCUGGAUGGAGCCGGCCCUUCCUGGGUGAAGCUUGUGCUCGGACUGGUUGUCUUGUUGGGGGUAUUAUUAAGUGUGCUGCCUGGCUGCCUGGCUGCCUGGCACGACAUGAGGCGGGCCUCGUAAAUACAUUGUUAAAUGGUGUUUGCGUGCGUGCGUGUGUGUGUGUUUGAGCUUGAGGAAUUGAUGCGGCAUUGCAUCGCAUCGCAUCACGACGCGACGGGCCCC